AUGAUGCAUCCGUAUCGGGCAAGUAGUACAGAGACGCCGUACCAACUCGUGACAGCCACCCCCUAUUUUGCCCAGCUCGUAUCGGUACAGAUAGGUGUGCAAGGGGCUACAACCCCAUUCAAAAACAAAGCGGCCUUUGCCGCCGCCUUCAAGGCCCGUUUCGGAAAUCUUGACGACGAGGCGGCAGCACAAGUAGAGCUGGCAAAGCUCUGCGCGGACAAGUUGGUCUGUGAAAAACGCACCGCUGCGGAGUUCUCCACGCUGUUCAAGGGUCCGGCGGACCGCUCCGGGUACGGCGACCUGGAGCUAUGCGAAAAGUACUUGAGCGGCAUCCCCUCCCGCGUCUACCAAAAGAUCAAGCUCGAGACUUUCACCACGUGGCAAGACGCUGACAAGCGUGCCACUGAGGUCGAGCAGAUCCUCGACAUUAGCCGGGCCCGUCGGCCCGAGCUAAAUAAUUUCUUCUCAGCCCGAGGUCGAGGACGCGGAGGGGCACGUGGUGGUGCACCCCAGUCACACGCAGCUUCGGCCAGCAUCAAUGCGGCCGUCGGAAAAGGAAACUUCCCCGGCACCUGCUUCGGCUGUGGGAAGCAAGGGUACCGACAAUUCGAGUGCCCCAAUUGUAAGGACAAGCCUUACACAAAAUGCGCCGAUGCGCGGGCUACGGUUGCCUCGGGCUCUACCCAGGCGGCGACAAGCGCCCCCGUCACGACAUCACCCUCAGCAAGUAUAAGUGCCGCUUCAGCGAAAUCCGAGCAAUCAGAGCUGGCGGACUUAAUGGCACAGGUGAAGUCAAUGCGCGAGGAGCUCGAGCAUUAUCAGGCGAUGAAGGAAGAGGGUUUUUGA